UUCAAAACAUCAAAAAGGAAAUUAAAAAUGAAAUCAUUAAAUGUUUUGAAUCGUUCCAGCUUCAGUCAAACGGACACAAACAGAUGUUAUUAUUUCUUAAUGUGUCUUUAGUGUGUUUGACUGUGUUCCGUUUGUGGCCCUCAGCGGUCACUUUUCAUUUCUCUCCAUCUUUUGUUCAGACCCUCGAAAGGCAAUUUCAGCUCAUUCAGCAUCAAACCCGCAGCUUUCAGGAUGAACGUAUUGUUGUGGGGUUUGUCCUGUGGGAUCUGCGUUUGUCUCCGCGCAGUGUUUCACGGUCUCUCUGUGCGUAAAAGAGCCGUUUGCAUCCGGAAGAAAAAAACAAGAAAGUCAGGGCGUGUGAUGAGAGAAGAGAACACGAAGAUAUUCUCUCAUGUCGGUUCUUCUGCAGAUUUAUCUAUCAGAGACUAUCUAGAGGACUCUCUCCCGCCAUGGGUGGGUUUUGGCAUCGAAAAAUCUCGUGCGUAAAAGAAAGGAGAAAAAAACCCGCUCGGGUUAAAGUUUGUGAUCCAGAGCCCCUGAAGCCCACCCAGGCUGAGAUCGAUGACUUCAAAUCCAUUUCCUGCUCAAUAUCUCUAUCCGUUUUCUGUCUCAAGUUCAGCCACAUGACAGCUCCCCUGUCUUCCCUGAACCGUGCGUAAAAGCGCUGCAGUUUCUGGAGCCAGAGUUGUGUCCAAAUCUGAUGUAAACCUCUGACAGCUCCUGACCCCGCGGCCGCUGCGCGCCUGGCGAACUGCGAUUCCAAAAAAAAAAAAAAAAAAAAAAAAAUGAUGUCACGCGAAGCCACAAGGAGACCUGGGAUUUACCAAAUACCUUCCAGUUGAGCAGGAGUCCUGCCAAGUAAAGGACAACCUCCUCCUCCUCCUCUCCUCCUCCUCCUCCAGCGGCGACAAGUGCAGAGAAUCGACGGAGGAGAAUUGAGCAAAUUAUCUACUUUUCCUCUCCCCUUCCUGGACGUAACGAUCGGCGAGGUCUCGGCUCUCUGCACGCCGGUAUCGAGCGACUCGCGGCCGCGCUGAUUGUCAUCAAUAAGCGGGGGGGAACGGGGCCGGUGAUUUGGAGGGGGGUUCCCUGGCAGAUGAUGCCCUUUGCAGCGGGCCGGUGAGGAGCAGCCCCAACCUCAGGCUUCUCUCCAGCAGCUUCUUGUUGUUGUUGUCACAGCGCGGUUGAUGCGGAGGUGAUGGACGGUCCUCUCCGCCGCCCAGCGGGGAUCCUCGGCUCCCCCCCGGCUUCUGGGAGCCAGUCCGCGGGCUCCGACAUGCUCACCUCCGGCGGCAGCAGCAGCAAGCCGCUCGCUUUCUCCAUCGACCGGAUUAUGGCCAGGACACCCGAGCCCAAGUCGAUACCUCUCCCCAGCUGGUUCCAGUCCGCUCCCGUGGGGAAACCCGACGUCUGUCCGUCCACGCUGCAUUGUAUGAUCCCGCUGGUGCCGCUCGGGUACGAGCCGGGCCACCGGCUCAGCAUCACCGGGCUGGAUCCGGGCCACUUCGACGCGUCUUCUGUGGCCGCUCCCGCAGACUUUUUGGGCUUUGGGUUGAACUAUAAGAACCAGCAGGAGGACUCCUCUGUGAGCCAGCCCGCGGGCCAGUACAAACUCUUCAGACCCCGGGUGGUGAACCAGUCCUCCUUCCCCACCAUGGGCACCGUGUGCUACCUGAACUGCAGCGGGGACAGCGGCUCCUGUCCCCCGCCGUCCGGCCUCGUCAACCUGCACCCGAUGGCCUCGUACCUGCUCACCGCCCGGCACAAAGCCUUCAUGGCGGAGAAGAGCAAGCCGGGCCUGCAGCAGGCCGGGGAGCGGUACCCGGUGUCCGGCGUGCACGCCUUCAAGGAGCUGUCUCAGAGCCAGAUCCAGCACUACAUGAAGGAGCGGGACCAGAUCCUCACCGACAAGAUCUUCAAGGGCUCCGCGGCGGCGGCGGCCCGGCUCAGCGGCUCCUGUCCCGGGAACAAGCCCAAAGUUUUCACCUGCGAGGUCUGCGGCAAGGUGUUCAACGCGCACUACAACCUGACCCGCCACAUGCCCGUGCACACCGGCGCGCGGCCGUUCGUGUGUAAAGUUUGCGGGAAAGGCUUCAGACAGGCGAGCACACUGUGCCGACACAAAAUCAUCCACACUCAGGAAAAACCGCACAAGUGUAACCAGUGCGGGAAAGCCUUCAACCGGAGCUCCACCCUCAACACGCACACGCGCAUCCACGCGGGAUACAAACCGUUCGUGUGCGAGUUUUGCGGGAAAGGAUUUCAUCAGAAAGGAAACUACAAGAACCACAGGCUGACGCACAGCGGCGAGAAGCAGUUCAAGUGUUCGAUCUGCAGCAAGGCGUUCCACCAGGUGUACAACCUCACCUUCCACAUGCACACGCACAACGACAAGAAGCCCUUCACCUGCCCCACCUGCGGCAAGGGCUUCUGCAGGAACUUUGACCUGAAGAAACACGUCAGGAAGCUGCACGACCCAGCCAGCCCACAGUCGCCCCCCCAGGCCUGAGAGACGCCGACCUCUCACCUGAACACUGACUCUGUGACCUUUCAUCCCAACACACCAAAAAAAAAAAAAAGGAAAAAAGAAACCUCCCCCAUCAGGUUGGGAACUAAACUUUCGUCCUCAUGAGACGGAUUCAGAAAGAUUUUUCAAAAAUCAUCAACCUCAUAUUAAAACUUUAUGUGCUCUGUUCCCUCGAAUCACUAAAUUAGUUCCCUGUAGUGACUCAAUACGUGUCUUUUAAUCAACAGCUGAAAACCACUGUGUCUCUUUUGGCCACUCACCCCCUCCUGUGCAGCCACAAAAUGUCCUCAAAUUACAAAUAAUUAACUCAAAAAUACUAAUUUGUUUCUACUUUUGUUCCCUCAAAUGAGUCAUUUCUGCCCUUGAUUACUUGAAUCAGUAAACUGUCCUCCCAGAUGCCUUGAUCUGACCCUUUGCGUCUCUCUUUUGCAGCCAUGAAAUUAAAAAAAAAAGAAACCUUGAAGCUGGUUUUUAAGGCUUAUUGUGACAAUUCUUCUAAUUUAAUUCAAUUUGAGACAAAAAUGUGCUCAAUUUACAAAUCGUUUGCUAAAUGCUAAUUUGUGGGAUCAAUUCUGGUGUUUUUGUUCCCUCAGAUUAUUUAUUUGUAUUCUUACAUUACUUCAAUAGUUCAAUAAACAAAAUAUACUUAAAUUUGACAGAUACUAAUUUAGUGGUUUUUGCUCCCUCAAAUUAGUCAAUUUCACUGAAAUUAGUGUUUUGUACCUUUAAAGGAGCUAUUUCAAAUUUUUGCGAUCACUACAUAGCUAAUGUUAGCAUUAGCAGCUGUUUACUUACCAGUCUAGAAACAACUUUGUUCAGCAGCAGAUGUCUCCGGAGGUGGAAAGGAACGCCAAUAUCAUCUUUUGGUUCUAUUUCUAUUACUUCUUUCUUCUACUGGAGUUAGCAUGCUAACCCGCUAGCUCCAGGCCGUCUCCCGUCUUGGCCUCAGUUCAGCUGCUAACCUUUUAGCUAGCGUAUUAUAAACGCAACUAUGGCUGAAGAUAUUGGCAAGCAAACAGGUGUUAAUGCUAACACUGGCUAUGUGAGAAUAGCAAAAACUUACAUAUAGCACCAGUAAAUACAGUCAUUUCCACCAAUUAGUCAUCCGCAACUUCAAAUUGAUUAAUGAGGUUCCUUGAAUCAACAACAGAUACUCUAAAAUCACUGAACCACGUUCUCUGAUGACUUCAUGUGGCCACUCGUUCCGUGGAAGAAUCAGGGAUGUAGCAGCCACUGAGGUCAUGACCCUAAAUGUUAUUUCUGGGACUUUAGGGGGGUUUUAACGACCUGCUGAGAAAAUGAUCUCUUAGGUUAAACAUCUUUAAGAUUUGACUGUUUUAGGGGCAAAAAUACUAAAUUAAAUUGAAACGUGAAUUAAGACCUUUAGACCUGAAGCCUGAUGUUUAGCCACAUGGCUCAAUCAAAGACUAAAUCUAAAAUAUAUUGAAUCCAAAUGACUUAAACAACCUUUUAGAUUGAAGUAAUUUGAGGAUACAAGUUUUAUAAAGUGCGGGAGCGUCUGUAAACAAACACAUCGAGUGAACAAAAUGGUAUUUUAAGGAAAUAAUUUAUCAAUACUGCUGCAUCUGAUUUACGCUUACACCUCAAUGGAGUUGGGGGAUCUGCAGGAGACAGAGGGGCGCCUACUCUAAAAACACUUGAGCCUACAUUUCCCAUAAUGCAAUGGAAUGACAGCAUUUGAUUAGAGCUCCCUGCCUGGUGAACACCCACAUCUUUAAAAACUCACGUCACGCAGACUUUCUGCUGUAAGUUUGUGUCUCCGAGCCCAAACCGUGAUGAUCCUAUUUUCUCCUCCAGAGUCACAGGAGACUGAAAACAACAGCUUUUACUAAACACGACUAAAAAAACUUAUUCUCUGUGUAAAAUCUGUGAAAUCCCCAUUUCUUAAGUGAUUUCUUUCUGAAAUGGAUAAUGAUGUUUACACAGUGUGCAGCGUCGGCCUGUCCCACAGAAAAAGUUUCCACUCAUGAUCGGAGGAAUGAUAAAUCGACUCAUGUUGUCAGUAUUUCUAAAAUUUUACUCUAAAAUGAAACAUUUUUACAUGAAUCCUCUGGAAUCUGACAGUAUUUUAUCACAUUAGAUUCAUUUUUAUUCCUAUUUCCUGACGUUUUUAAAAAAAAUUAAAUUAGUGUUUUUAAUGUCACUUAUAUGUGAUUCAGUUCCCAGAGUCUGUCGUCUGUUAAAUACAAAUUCCUACAAAUAACAAACACUUUAUUUGUACAAAUGUCCUUGAUGCUCCGCCCCUAAAUGUGACCCAGAAGAAACACACGAGAAAACCCCGUCCUCGACUCCUCCGGGCCUGUCGACCCCGCAGACACCUCCCCCCUUGAACUUGACCCUGCAUAAGAAAAAAGCCAUCAGGAGCAACUGACCCCUGACCUCUGACCCCUCAUGCCCUGGACACUCGCACGAGAAAACCUCCUGACUGGCCGCAGCGUUUCUUGGCUCAGCUCGUGUUGGACUGAGGACACUCGACAGAGGACGAGCUGAACUUUGACUCUCCUGUCCUCUGAUUCUUAUUUGAUUAUUAUAUCAUUAUGGUGGCUAAUUAUUAUAUCAUUAGUCAUCAGUGAUCGCUAGUUUUAAUUAUCUUUCAGUUUCAUCUCAGGAUGUGAGAUUGAUGAACUCUGACACCAGAGAUGUGGCAGAGGUGAAGAGACGCAGAUUUUAUUGUGAAAAUCAGGAUUUACAGCAACAUUUUAAAGGACACGUCUGAUGAAUUUCUAUAUUUUUCUGACAAAGUGACACACACACUGUCCUACUGCCAGACACACACCAGAGGCAUAAAUGUGGAUAAAUCCGCCACUGAAAAUAGUCCCAAACGAUACAGAGACAAACAAACACAUUGUUGUUUUUGGUCUUUUUAAUGUGAUUUAUUGACAAAAAGAAAAAGACAGAUUAACACCAGCUUGUACUUUAUCAUAAACAUGUUAAACAUUCACAGUAAUUCACGGCCGCAGGUAAAAUCAACCUGGUAUUUUUCCAGAAGUUUAAAUAUGAAAGACCUUGACAACAAGGUCAAGAUUUACCAGCUUUUUUUUUUUCCAGAGCUUUCAAUCCAAUCUCACAGUUUUCAUCAACAAAUGGCAUCUACUCAGUUUUCAUCACGUGACCUAAAUAUGGAGCUUCAGUCACAUGAUCACAGUGUUUUAUAUUCAAGUACAAAGUUAAGGUACUUGUACUUAAUACUUCUAGAGAAAUAUUGUACUUUUUACUCCACUAUUUAUCUGAUCUGACAAAUUAAGAUUUUACAAACCUUAUAAAAUAUGAUCUAAACAGAAAUAUAAUAACAUUACAGUAAUAUCAUGUAUAACAGCCUAAUUUUUCUCCUUUUACAUAAUCAACAGACCUGAAUGCUUCUUCCACCACCGAGUGAUUUAUUACGUCAGUCUUUCUUUUGUCGUUUUCAUCCAUAAUUUCUGUCCCUAAUAACGACAACAGUGGGAACUCGUUAGCAUCAUUAAAAACAAGUCUGACGAGUCCAGAAACACAAUCUCCAAAUGUAUUAAAAUGAUCUUCUUACUUCAGCUUUGACCUGCUGCCAUUACUGUGUUUGUGGUCACACAGCUCUUCUGUGUCAUGAGGCCUCAUCUCAGUUUGACCUCCACAAACAGAGGUUCAGAUAAUCUGGAUGAACUGUUGGUUUGUUUCUUGACGGGUCAGAUUUCUCUUUAAGUGGUAUCACGGUGUUUCCUCCCCAGACCUCACCUGAUUAACUCGGUGAGUACAGUGUCGCUAUAACUCAUGGAAACGAUGAACAAAACUUCAGAAAUAAAACUCAAGUUGUGAUAGUAACAGAAUAUACAUUUAACCAUUAGUACUAUAUAUUUAAAAACGAUUGUAAUACAGUAAAUCAAGGCUUGAUCACCAACUGGGCAAAGCAGGCAACUGCCCCUGGCCCCAAACCACCGGGUUUACUCGACAUCAUUUGGACAUUUAUUAAUGAUUAAUCGCAAAUUUUUCAUAAAUCUGCAACACUGACGUUCAAUAUAAACCUUAGAAAAGGUCAUAAGGGAUCUAUGGGGACCAAUGUUUUCUUUAAUAAUCAGUUGUUGAGUCAUAAAAUGUCAGAAAAUUAUCUAAAUUGUUGCCAAUUGAUGAAGUUAAUAAUGUCAGCUCUAGAGGACUGGUUGGUUUUAGGGUAAUAAUGAAACCAUUCCAGUCAUGAUGUAGAUGCCACUUGGAUGUGAACACCUUCAAAUUAGUUUAAAGUGACAGAUUUAUCUCCGGUUUUAUAUAAAAUCCAAACAUUGUCUUGAACACUUGAGGACUGCACUGCACUCACAGCUUCACCUCUGCAUCUCUGGUCCUGACUGAUGGAGGAAGUCGAGUCUCCUCAGUCAGUCUCUUGUAUUUUUUAUUUCAGUCUCAGGAUUAUUGUAAAAAGAAGUGUUUUAUGAUAUUUAUUUUAAAUUGUUCCACUGUUAUAACUUAAAGAAAAGAGCUGAACUGAAGACUAUGGUAUAUGAAAACAAAAGUUUCUUGUCACGGUGAAAAGUUAGUUUUCUUUGGUCCUCCUGCUGCAGACGCUUAACAAGGAAACAUAAUAAA